GUCUUGGAUAUUCAAGCUGCUGGGGUUUCGGCUCGGUCGGCAAAAACGCAAGCCCCUUACCUAUACAGAUGUACAUAACAAAGGCCUUUGCAUAGAAAGACUAGAAAAUGAGUUCCUCGCGCUACGCGAAGCUCGUGGAAUUCGCGGCGCACGCUGGAGAUGUGAGAUGCGUGCGCAUUGGCCGGAAGACAGCCGGAGUGCUUGUGACUGGCGGAGAUGACAAGAAAGUGAAUGUUUGGGCGCUCGGAAAGACCACAGCAAGCUUUUCGCUGACGGGACACCAGUCGUCGGUGGAGAGUGUCUCGUUUGACAAUGACGAGAUGGUGGUUGCGGCGGGUGGCUCAAAUGGCAGCAUCAAGGUGUUCGAGCUGCAGACGGGGAAAGUCACCAAGAGCCUCUCGGGCCACAAAAGCAAUGUCAUGUGCCUGGCCUGGCACCCCUACGACUCCACCAUCAUCUCUGGAUCCAUGGACACCAACGUCAAGCUGUGGAACCUGCGCGACAAGGAGGCGGUCAUGACCUUCAAGGGCCACAACGCCGGCGUCACGCACGUGCGGUACUCGCCGGACGGCAACUGGGUGGCGUCGGCCUCGGGCGACGGCGCUGUCAAGAUUUGGGACGUGCGGCAGGGGCGGCUGUUGCAGGACCUGUGCCCACCCACCAAGUACGAGAUCACAGGUGUGGAGUUCAGCCCCACCGAGUACCUCAUGGCCACCUCCUCGCGCGACAAGCUGGUGCGCUUCUGGGACCUGGAGACCUUUGCCUGCAUCGACCAGACCACGCCCGAGGCCACGCCCGUGCGCAACAUCUGCUUCUACAACGACGGCCGCACCAUCUUCAGCGCCGUGCAGGACGGCUGCCGGGUGUGGAACGUGGACCCCACGCAGCAGCAGGACUACGUGGACGUGCCCUGGUACCGCGUGGCGGACCUGGCCAUCAGCACCAUCCGCGGCACACAGCGGCUCAUAGGCUGCUCCUUUAACUCGACCAUGGUGGGCCUGUUCUACAUCGUGCUCAAAAACGUACGGCCGUUUUGCGAGGACCCGGACUUCAUGGCGCGGGAGCCCGCCGCCUCCGUCGACGGCAACCCCUACGCGGCAGCCGGCGGCAGCCGCAGCAAUCUCGCUGGCGCCGCGGCGGCGGCGCAGCUUCCCCCCGAGUCAGCUGUGCGCCGGCUCAGCCUGAACGACCGGGCGGCGGACCCACCGCGUGCCGGCAGCGCGGGGAACUUGGGCGACGCCGCGGCGGCGGCAGCAGCGGCGGCGGGUUACGGAAACGGAAGAGGGGCGGGUGUGGCGGCUGGUGUGGGGCCGUCGGUGGGCGUGGGCCGGUCGCAGGAGCGGUCCUCGUCGAUGGGGAGUCGGCCGCCGCAGGCGCCGUCCUCGAGCGCGGUGGCGGCGGGCGGGGACCGGUUGCCGCCGGUGGCGUUGUAUGGCGCGCCCGACCGGGACCGGGAGCGCGACCGCAGCAGCAACCGCUACGCGGGCGCGGCGGGCGCCAGUGCCGACUUUGGCGGCGGGCCGGGCGACAGCGUGGCGUCGGACGCACAGCUGGGGCGGGCGGCGUCGGGGCACGCCGCCGGCGCGCGGCCGGGCAUGGUGUCGAUCGGCGUUGGCGUGGGCGACAGCCUCAUGCGCGGGCAGCUGCAGCCAGACGACCUGUCGCGCAUGGCUGGCGGAGGCGGAGGCGGCCUGGCGCGGCAGCGGUCGCAGCCGCGGGAGCCCACCAUCGAGGUACACGCGCCGGCCGCCCCGCCAGCGUCCCGGUCUGCGGGGUCAGGGCCCGGCUACCGCGGCGCGGGGUCAGGGCCGGACCGCGGCGUGGGCGUCGGAGUGGGGGUUGGUGUGGGCGAGGACCGGGACAUGGACCAGCGCUACCCCUGGCAGGGGCCAGGCGGCGCAGCCGCCGGCCCCUCCGGCAUGGACCGGCUAGGCGGCGGAGGCGGAGGCGCAGGCGGAGGCGGCUACGCGAGUGUGGUGCCCUCGGACCUGGAGGCGGCGUCUGCGCUGUCGAGCCGGCACGGCAUGUUCCUGUCGGCCAUGAAGAAGCGCGCCAACACGCUCAUGAUCAUGCGAAACUUUGUGCAGAAGGGCGACUGGCGCAACGCCAUCGCCGCGGCGCGGCGGGGCGACGACACGGCGGCCCUGGCGGACCUGCUGUCCGCCAUGCACGACCGGCGGGACGUGUUCACGUUGGACCUGGUGGGCGAGGUGAUGACGGUGGUGGAGACGGUGCUGUCGCUGCCUUCGGACCGGCAGCAGCAGACGGGGCUGGAAGUGCUGGCGCUGCACAUACGCGCCUUUGGGCCCGUCAUCCGGGACCUGUGCGGCCCGGGCGCGCGCGGCGUGGGCAUAGACCUCAGCUUUGAGGAGCGGCGCGAGCGCGCCGCCAAGGCCAAGCUGGUGCUUCAGAACAUGGUGCCACGCCUGAACAGCCUGGCGCGCUCAAGCGAGACGUUGGGCGUGCGCGCGGGCGAGCUGGCAGCACAGCUGGCGCAGCUCUAGCGAGCGCUGGUGCUUGUGGUGCGUGAUGGCAGAGAGAACGGAGGAGGAGAUGGUGCAUCCAUGCAUGCGCCGCAAGAGUCCCGGGAAAAGCAGGAGGCGUGGAGGUGGCUGGUGUGAUGCGUGGUUGGUGGCUGGCGGGGCAGCGGGCCAGCGCGCAUUGCACACGGCGACAUGGGUGGCCCUGCAGGACGAAUGGACGUGAUCAGGCCUGCACGCAUGGUGUGGGCAUGGGCUGUGAUUGAUGGUUGUGGGCUUGUGGCAUGAGACGCAGCUGAACCGGCCUCCUGCCCAACACUGAACACUGAACCAAGUGUAAAUGCUUGCCAAGGCACUCAAGGCUGCGUUUGCAUUGUGGUCCACGUUUUGGAUAGAAGUCCAAACCUGCGCAGAAGUAGCUGUAACCUCCAUUGACG